AUGGUCAAAGGGGGCCGAGUGAGUAUCGACAAUUGUCUGUCUACGACUAUUUGGAUUUCCCCUUGGUUGCAAGCAAAGGAGUCGGGUUUUGUAACUACUGAGAUGAAUGUAUCUUUAAAGGGAUCUAAGAUUUGCCAACUUCUUUAUAAAAGUUCAAAGCAAUGGAAUGAGAGUAUUGUGCGAGAUAUUUUUAACCUGAUCGACGCAAAUAAUAUGUUAGCGGUUCCUAUAAACUUGAGGGACACGAGUAAUUCGUGGUCGUGGAUUCUUGAGAAGAAGAGAAAGUUUACAGUGCGUAGUGUUUAUUGCAGUAUUAGAGGCGAGGUUGUUGGUGAAAAUGAGAUUUAUGGUGUUUUUUGGAAUAAGUUGAGGAACUUACAUAUUCCUCUGGACAUUUGUAGUUUUCUAAGGGAGGGAGGUUCGGGAUUCCUUCCUACCGCUUAUUCUUUAGCAGGUAAAAGGGUCUUCAUUAAUGAGCGCUGCCAAGUGUGUAACCGCAUGAGUGAAUCAGCAGGUCAUCUUGUACGUACUAAUGAUGGCUUGAAUUUUAGAGACUGGUGUCGUAGCUGGCUGUAUGAGUUGAAAGGGGAGGAAGCUGAAUUGGUAGCGAUUAUCAGUUGGAGACAUUGGAUUAAUAGGAAUAAUAUUGUUUGGGGGAAGCAAGGUGAUAACACGGUUAAUACCAUUAACACGGUGAGCCAACAUAUAUUGGCGUGGAAAUCUGCUAGAUUGAGGUCCUCCAUUCAUGGCGAGCUAAGAGUAGGGAAGGAUGAAGGUAAUAACUUUUGGCGAUGUCCAACAGCUAGCUUUGUGAAAACGAAAGUAGAUGUAGCCAGGUUUGAAGCCGAAGGGAAGAUAAGGGUGGGCUGUGUUUUACGUGAUGAACAUGGUGUAAUUAUUCAAGCCAUGUAG